GGUAGUCAGGGAGUGUCGACCGUAGCACCUCAUCGGAUGGGAAGCAUCACACUUCGAUUUUGGAUUAAACGGGCAGCAUCUUUCAAUAAUAAUCCGUGGACGGAAAUACAUAUUAUAGUAAGAAACGCAAAUGAAGUGCACGACUGACGUGGGAAUGGGAUUGUCGGACGAGCAGGUCAUUUGUUGGCUAUCUUUUGUUUGAAUGACAUCCGACUGGACUGGGAAUUAGUCAUUCCUUAAACAGACUUUUGCCUGAUUGCCAAAUCCUCUUACAUUAAGUGAUCAAGAGCGGGCUGCUUUGUGGACAUCUAGUCAUUUGAAUAGGUUAAUCAUUCAUUUAACUAGCUUUCUACAUGUGCUCCUUUUCACCUCCAUGUAGGUGACCAUUGAAUGGAAAAUAUAUUUUUCUCAUUGUUGUGGAGCCAUUGUAAAGUCAAACACAUUUAGUGUGAGAAAUAACUGGUGCACUUUAUUCUGCUGCUACUGUAGCUCACCUCAUUAUGAAUCAUAAUACCUCUAAACCAACUGGAGAUAAUUAGUUCCAUAAACUGGAGGAUGUAACAGGGUGGCCCUCUCUAAUGGAAACUUCUUCAAACCUGCAAGCAGAGCCACCAGUGAACAGCCCAAAGUAUCAGCGUGUACAUCCCCCGUGCCAGGAUUCUGUCAGUGGGAUGUUGAGGGCCACGAUGGGCUCAGUGGAGGAGCGGGAUGAGGAGCAGGAGGAUGAAGGGGAUGAAGAGUUGAGGGACGGCGGGGUGCCUUUCUAUGUCAACCGAAGCGGCCUCCCCAUGGACGAGGACACCUGGGAGAGGAUGUGGCGCCAUGUGGCUCGGAUCCAUCCGGACGGGGAUGGCUUGGGGAAGGGCAUCCGUGGUGUCAUUGACCUGCCCAAGAUUCCAAUACCAAGUGUGCCUUCAUGCCAGCCUACCACGGCAAUCCCACUGCGCCUGGAAGCCAUACAGAAAUACAUCAGGGAGUUACAGUACAAUCACACCGGAACACAGUUUUUUGAAAUAAAGAAAACCCGGCCUCUUACUGCGUUGAUGGACAUCGCCAAGGAGAUGACGCGUGAAGCCCUGCCAAUCAAAUGCCUGGAAGCGGUGAUCCUUGGAAUUUACCUCACCAAUAGCAUGCCGGCCGUGGAGCGCUUCCCCCUCAGCUUCAAGUCUCAGUUCUCAGGGAAUUACUUCCACCACAUUGUGCUGGGAGUCCACAGCGGCGGACGCUUUGGCGCGCUGGGCAUGAGUCGGCGGGAGGAGCUCAUGUUCAAGCCUCUGGAGCACCGCACUCUGAUGGACUUGGUGCAGGAUUUCAGAGGUGCCUACAGGGGCUACUGGCACACCCUGCAAAAGAUCAAGAUCGGCCAGUACGUGUCGCACGACCCUCACAGCGUGGAGCAGAUCGAGUGGAAGCACUCCGUCCUGGAUGUAGAUGGCCUGAGCAAGGAGGAGCUGCGAAAAGAGCUGGAGAGGCACACUCGAGACAUGAGGCUCAAGAUAGGAAAGCCUGCACCUCCUUCUCCCACCAAAGACAGAAGAAAUAGCAUGGGCUCACCGCUCAAAGGACCAGGAAGCCCCAUUCGCAGGAUCAGCCGUGUUGAGAGACGUCCAUCUGGAGAGAAGGCGGCUUUGGAACAAAAAGCAUCUGGUGACAUGAACGUGUAUCAGAUUCGAGUGUGAAGAAUCCUUUUUUUUUUUUAAGUUUCUCUGACAAGGCUGCUGAUGAGGCUUCAUUCAACGUCCACAUUGCCCUGUUCUCGGGAUGCAACAUUGAAUAGGAAACUACCCUUCUCAUACACAUCCAAACAAAAGCCUCAUUCACUGUCACAUUGUCAGUUUUUUUUAUUAUUAUUUCUUGAGAAUUUUGCGUGCAUAACUGGUGCUGUUGUGUGUAAACAUUUUUAUUAAAUUUAGGUAUACUGUUGGUUACACUAGACAAAUACAAGUAAAUCAGUAAAUGUGCUACUUGACAUAUCAUAUCAAUGUGUGUCGUACUGUAAGUCUGCUGGUAUGUGUCCAUUUACAACCCCAAUUCCAAUGAAGUUGGGACGUUGUGUUAAACAUAAAUAAACACAGAAUACAAUAAUUUGCAAAUUAUGUUCAAGCUAUAUUUAAUUGAAUACACUACAAAGCCAAGAUAUUUAAUAUUUAUAGGUUGAAAAUGAUUUGCAAAUCAUUGUAGUCUGUUUUUAUUUGUUUAACACCACGUCCCAACUUAAUUGAAAUUGGGGUUGUACAGCCGAUGACGUACUACAGUAUUUUGUGUGGUGACAACAAACUACCCCUGUGCCUUUUGACCAGAUUCAAAUGAGUGAGACUGAAACAUCACACACAAAAAAAUCAUAGUGAUCACCUAACAGAAUACAAACUAGUCAUUUAUACUUGAGUAAGAAAAGUGUUUCAAAUGUCAGCACCUUCAAGGCUGCUUGCUUAGAGAUCUAGAGACCUUAGUGACGCAUCAUUAUGAAUAUGUCAUUACUAUAAAUACAACGAUGUCAUUUGUUGAGUAAAUCGAGGACUACGCAGCAUUUAACAUACUGCGGAUGUAUAGUUAUUUUACUUCUACUGCGAGUCUACUUUGCUUAUGUAAAUGUGCUCUUUGUAGCAACUUAAUUCAAUUUUUCACUUGCCUUAAAGAGAGACCACCUCCACCGAGAUGUCAAGGUAUUAGUUCACGGCACUUUUUAUCUUUGUAUUUUCCAAGAACUACUGAAUUCUGCUGUUUUAUACGUCACUGCUUUUCGUCAUGUGUAAAACACUAAACAUUUAAAACGUGGUUAUCAAUAAAUUGCCACAGACUUCA